UGGCUCGACAGUGGGCACCGCGUCAUCUGGCAAGGCAGUGGGCUCCGAGUCAACUGGUAUGACCGCGGGCACUGGGUCAGACAUUGGAUUGUCUGACUGGACGCGGGCAUCGGGUCACCAGGCAUCAGGUCAUUUGGCUCGACAGCGGGCACCGCGUCAUCUGGCAAGGCAGUGGGCUCCGAGUCAACAGGCACGACAGUGGGCACCGGGUCAUCAGGUACCGGAUUGUCUGGCUUGACAGCGGGCACCGGGUCACCAGGCAUUGGAUCGUCUGGCUCGACAGCGGGCAUCGGGUCACCAGGUAUGACAGCGGGCACUGGGUCACCAGGCAUCAGGUCAUUUGGCUCGCCAGCGGGCACCGCGUCAUCUGGCAAGGCAGUGGGCACCGAGUCACCAGGUACGACAGCGGGCUCUGAGUCAAUUGGCACGACAGCGGGCACCGGAUCAGGUACCGGAUCAUCUGGAUCAACAGCGGGCAUCGAGUCAACUGGCCUAAUAGGAUCGUCAGGCUGGAUCAGUUCAUCAUGCUGGGUAGAGGCAUCAGGCUGAAUGCCGGCGCCGAGUCACGGAAGGCAGGUUCACCGGUUUGGAUACUGGCA